AUGCUAGCAAAGUCCCAAUAAUGUAUUUAUCCGAUGAAUAUUUAGUUUUUAGACAAAUUGAUCUGUUCGGAUAAAAUAUUUCCUUGAAUUUAAAUGGAGAUGAUCAAUACAAAACAGGCGGAGGAGGUUUUUUAUCCUGCUUGAUUGUGGCCAUCGUUGCGAUAUUUUUUUAAUCAAACAUCAUAGAUUUCUUAGGAAAAACUAAUAUCUAAGCAGAUACUUAGACAGUAUUCGAAGAAAACCCUGAUAGGAUCAAAUUUACCUCAGAUAAUUUUAUGUUUGCUGUUUCAAUCGAAUAAAGUACAGCUUUCAAUACAAAUCCAUUUUUUAACAUUACAAUAAAAGCAAGGUAAUUUCAUUUAACAAAUUAAGAACAUAUGUAAGAUUGAGUAAUGGAACAACAAUUAAAUACGAAAAUCUAACUAAUCUGAUUCCAUGUACCCUAGAUAGAUUUCAAAAAAUAUUCGAUAAAUAUGAUCUUAAUUUUACAGAUCAAUACAACCAAUUAGGAUUGUCCACAUGGCUCUGUCCUGAGUAAUACCUUCAUAUAAUAUAUAGUCUUAACUACUCUUUAACAGUUGGCGGAAGAUAUUCAAGUGAGUAUUUAGAUUUUGCUAAAAUUGAAAUAUCCGAUUGCAAAAACGAUACAUCGAAAAAUGCCAAUCUUACUUGGCAUCCAACUUGUGCAUCCAAAGAAGUUAUGGACAAAUGGUUAUCGAGUGAAGGUUCUUACAGAAUAAGAAUGUAUUUCAAUUAUUUUCACGUAGAUAUAUGACCAAUACAGUUGUGAAUCCAUCAAAACCAACGGAUUACAUUUAAGGCUAUUUGGAUGAUGAAGUCUAUUUUUAAUUUGUUCCUUUUAAAUUGUCUCGGUAAUCAGAUAUAUUUUUUAAAAAAUACCAAAUAAACACUGAUUAAAGUUUAGUUCCAGUAUUUGAUGAUGAAUAAGUUGAAAAUGUAUUUAUGAAAGAACCAGCAGAUUUUAGAGAUAUAACCACUCUGGGAUCAGCAACAGACAAAUAAUAUAUAGCUUUGUAUUUUCGAAGAAGUCCUUACACAAAAUAUAUCACAAGAUAAUUCUAAAAAGUUGAUGACUUGUUGUCAUACUUAGGAGGAUUUGUGAAUAUAGUUGUUGUGUUUUUAGGCUUCUUUGUUGCAUUCUAUAACAAAUAACAAUGUAAAUACUUAUUUUUAAAUAUUUAACAGAUCUAAUAGAACUUGCAAAUAAAGUGUAUGACUUCAAUUUUGAUAAUACUAAAAAUUCUUAAAAGAUUCGGAAUGAUGACUUGGUUAAGAAAAUCACUUAGAUCAAGAAAAAGACACAAACGCCUAAACUAUUAGAGAUACAAGAUUCAAAUUUGCCCAAUAAAAAAUCUCUUACUCAACCUUUACAAGACGACGAGAUUCGAAUACAAGUAGUGAAUGAAGAGACUCCCCAUAAUACGACAAAUUAGAAGCAAAUGAUCAAAAAUACGUCAUCAGAAAUCAAAUCCGAAUUUCAAAGGCAAUAAGAGGAAAUCGUAUCCAAACUUGGCUUUAAGAGUCGUAAAGAAUACUUAACAUCUCAAAUAUCUUAAGUUCUUACUAGAGCACAACCCAUUCAGUUUACUUUCAAAUUCCUGUGCCAUCAAAUAACAGGAGGAAGAUGUUUUAAAGACAAAACGUCCAUACUUCUCAUGAAGGCAGUGUAAGUUUACUUAUUUAAUUAAUAGAGAUAGGAUUAAUUCUGAUAUUGAUAUCUAUGUAAUUUUGGAAAAGGUUAAGGAAAUCAAUCUAUUAAAAGACUUAAUUUUAGAUAAAAAUUAGUAAAUUCUAUUCAAUUUUGCCCCCAAACAGAUAAUUACUCUCAAUGAAUAGAAAAAACUACCAAGUAGAGUUGAAGUCUAUACGUAACUUAAUUCAUUUAAUUGUUAGAUAAAAAUUGACAGAAAAUUCGAAUUCCUCUAUGUCAGUUGGUCAAGUUGCUUAAUUGGCCAUGAAACAAUACUCUGAGGCUAAAAAGGCAAACCUUCCUGCUUCUAUCAAAGCGUAUCAAAAACUCUACAAAGUAUAUAGAUGUUAUUGAGUUAGGCUUAUGAUAAAGUGAAUGAUCCUCAGAAGGAAUUGGGGAGAAUGAAUGAAAUACUUAUUGAAAAGUUAGGGAAGGAAAUACGGGAUAUUUUCGAAGUUUCUUAAUUUAUAGACUUCGAUCUCGUGGAAUAAAAACUGAGUCACAGAAUUAAAUAUAUUCUUAGAAGAAAGGUAAAAUAGAUGAGACAGAGCAAAUCAAGAUCUUAACUGAAAAAAGAGUUUGAUGAUGAAUCCUCAGAGAAUUUUGGGCUUUUUAGUUAAGAGAGAAAUAAUAAAGCGGAUAAUAGUGGAAUUUUGCAAAGAGAAAUAUUAUUUCCUCAUAGAAAUUUUUGAAUUA